CCCAGGGUUGCUUCUGGGAGGCACGGGUCUGCGGAAGUUGUUCAUUGACAGGCUCCGUUUCUGUUUGUACUAGCUCAGACUUGGCAGCUAUAGGUCAGCGUCAUGUGGUCCUCCAGGGACGAUCGCCACGAUAAGCAUCCUCUCCAGAAAGGCAUAAAAAGGGGCUGGAGGAGCAAUCCGAGACGAGACCAACACUCAUCCUCCCUCCUCUCCAGUACAUCUCCCUUGGUCUCCCCUAUCCACACUUCCCCCUCCCUGACUUUCAUUUCCAAGUCUCAUCACCAUGUUCGGUGCAAAGAAGCUCUUGGCGAGCGUAACUCUCGCCAUUGCCUUUGCCGGCUCCGCUCUGGCCUACCCAACGCCAAACACCGUUCGUCGCGCUGAUGGAUCCGUCGUCAAGAGCGCUCCAUCGAUCAUUCCCCAGAUCUGGCAGGAGAUCGGCAACGCCAUCGAUACCGACGCCUUUGAGUUCACGAUGGCCCUCUCCAGCGCCAACAUGGACGGCCUUACGGAGCGCAUGAACCAGAUCGCUGCCACGAAUGGACAGUGGCUCACCGACGACGAGCUCGCUCAGUACGCGCGCCCCUCGGACGAGACGACCAAUGUCGUCAAGAGCUAUCUCAAGGCUCAAGGUAUCGCCGAUGAUGCCAUCACCGCGUCCAAGUUCGGCGACCAGCUCACGGUCAAGACGACGGUUGCGCAGACGGCCAAGCUGUUUGCCGCUCAAUUCCAGAAGUUCAACGUCAACGGUGUCACAACCGCAAGGACAAAGUCGUUCACCAUCCCCCAGGAGAUUGCUGCUGCUGUCAGCGACGUUUUCCCCCUGGUUAACUUCGGCUCGGUGCGUCACAUGACGGCUGUCAUCGAAGACGACCACUUCAACUCGACAGUCGCCGAACGCGCCUUCCAGGAGAGCGUGGAGCUCCUCGAGAGCCGUGCUACGCCCUCGUCAUGCAGCACCUCGGCUGUCACGCCUCAGUGCCUCAAGGACUACUACGGCAGGUCCAGCUACUCUCCCUCGACCGGCUCUUCUCGGCCCGACGUUGGAGUCAUGGGUUACAUUGACCAAUACGUCUCGCAAACCGACCUCACCAACUUCCUCAAGUCUUACUCGUCGAACGCCGCCUCGUACAAGAUUCCCAUUGUCCUCCGCAACGGCGCCACCAACGACCAGAGCAACGCCGGAGUCGAGGCCAUGCUUGACGUUGAGACCGUCGUCUCGCAGACCUACCCUCUGACGAGCAACUUUAUUGCUGAGGGCAACAGCCAGACGGCAGGCGACAUCUUCCUCCUCACCUUCAACGACCUCAUCAACAACUUCGACUCGACCAACCGGCCAAAGGUCAUCUCCAUUUCGUACGGAUCUGACGAGAGCGAGUUCACUUCGAGCCAGGCUCAGUCGAUGUGCACCGCUGCUCAGAAGCUCACCUCGCUCGGUACGACCAUCGUCGUCUCUUCGGGAGACAACGGUGUCGGUGGCCAGGAUGGCGACACUUGCCCUCCUUUCGUCCCCACUUACCCCGGCGGCUGCCCUUACAUUCUUAGCGUUGGUGCCACUCAAGCCUUCUCACCCGAGGUCAUGGUCGACACGAGCCUGGCUGGCUUCUACUCGGGUGCUGCUGCGUCCAACAUCUUUGCUAUUCCCUCGUACCAGUCUAGCCAGGUUGCAUCUUACGAGAGCGCCAUUGGAACGAUGGGCGGCAACUACAACACCAAGGGACGAGUGUUCCCCGAUUUGGCCGCUCAGGGUUCCAAGUACCGCAUUAUUUACAACGGAAGGAGCGCCACCGUUGGCGGCACCUCGGCCUCGGCUCCCCUCGUGUCCUCGUUCCUUGCCCUCGUCAACGACAAGCGCACCAAGGCCGGCUCGGGCCUCAUCGGUUGGGCCCAGCCCAGCCUUUACAAGACGAUGCUCAACGACAUCACCAGCGGUGGCUCGUAUGGCUGCGGCAGUUCGAGCGCUGGCUUCCCCGCUCGCUCGGGCUGGGACGCCUCCUCGGGCCAGGGCUCGCCCAUGUUCAACCUCCUCUCUUCGGCCUUUGGCGUCUAAUUACUUUCCCCUCUAAAAGAACAUCAAGACCCUUGAGCCGCGCCUCACCAAGGGCAGCUGUGCUCGGGCCUACUCUCCCCCCCAAUCCCGCAAAAGCAAAUGUCAUCACGACGAAGAAACGA